AUGGCUUCCUCUGUCUUCUUGCCGCUACUUGCGGCCUCAUUACUGCCCACACUCGCUUCUACACAGAAUGCCGAUACACCGACAUCCGCUCCUACUGUGCAAGUCCGCAAUGGCACAUACGAGGGUCUCUAUAAUCCCACGUACAAUCAGGACUUGUUCCUCGGCAUACCGUAUGCGCAGCCUCCGGUUGGUGAGCUACGAUUCCGUCCACCACAACCGCUCAACACGACGUGGACUGGCACUCGAAAUGCAACAGCCUAUUACAAUGAAUGUAUCGGUUAUGGUAGCGACGACUGGUAUUGGACCGACGUAGUCUCCGAAGAUUGUCUCGCUCUCAGUGUGAUUCGACCUCACGGCAUCGACUCAAGCGCGAAGCUGCCCGUCGUCUUCUGGAUGCAUGGUGGAGAAUUCGCAGAAGGAGGCACUCGCGACUCCCGUUACAACCUCUCCUACAUCGUCCAACAAUCCCAGGAGAUGCAAUCUCCCAUCAUUGGCGUGACUGUCAACUACCGCCUUUCGGGAUGGGGAUUCCUCUAUAGCCAGGAAGUCGCCGACGAAGGCUCCGCCAACUUAGGACUCCGCGACCAACGGCACGCUCUGUACUGGCUCCAAGAGAAUAUCGCUUCCUUCGGCGGCGACCCGUCGCGGCUCACCAUCUGGGGCCAAAGUGCCGGUGCCAACAGCGUCGGUCUCCAUUUAGUGGCAUACGACGGCCAGAAUGAUGGCAUCUUCCGUGCCGGGAUCGCCGAGAGCGGCUCCGUACCCUCCCUCGCAGCAUACAUGAGCGCCGAAGAUGCACAACCAUACUAUGAUGCCGUCGUCAACGCAACCAACUGCACCGGCUCUUCCAACACCCUUACUUGUCUCCGUGAAGUUCCCACCGACGUCCUCAGCUCCAUCUUCAACAGCUCCCUCGUCGCUGGGGCAGGAUAUCAUCCCGUCAUUGACGGCGAUUUCCUCAGAGCCUCGGGGAUAGUUAAUCUCCAGACUGGCCAAUUCGCCAAAACCCCGCUUCUUAUCGGCACCAACUUCGACGAAGGGACCAAGUAUGCCCCUCAUGGCUAUAAUACCACCGACCAAUUUGUCUCCCUCGUCCAAGCCAACGGAACCAAUUAUACCAGCGCUCUCACCAUUGCAUCCCUGUACCCAGAUGACCCAGCCGUUGGUAUUCCGGGAACCCUUCAAGGUCGUCCCCCACCGUCAUACGGUUACCAGUGGAAGCGCGUGGCUGCCUUCCUCGGCGAUCUGCUCAUGCACGCGCCUCGCCGCGUGACAACCCAGUGGCUGGCACACUGGAAUGUACCUGCCUACGUGUAUCACUGGAACGUGAUGACACUAGGGCCAUUAGAUGGAGCCGCGCAUGGCUAUGAAGUCCCCUUCAGUUUCCAUAAUUAUGAUGGUUUGGGCGAUGAACGGGGAAACGACAGCGUGACCUGGCCACAACUAUCGACUAUGAUGUCACGGAUGUGGGUGAGCUUUAUUAAUCAUUUGGAUCCGAAUUAUAGUAAUAGUGAGUGA